UUGACCUCGGUGGCGAGAAUGGCUAUUUGUGCGGAUAGGUCAGUGGAUAGUGACUCCACCUUAGCCAGCACAGUCUGUUCAGACUUAAUGAUCGCUGCCAUUACCUUGGCUAGGUCAGAGUCCGUGUCCGGUGAGCCCGAGGCUUCAGUAGAGGUCUGCUCUUUUGUGACUCACAUAUACCUCAACUAACUGGUGCCCCCGCACAUUGAAAGGUACCCAGCUGUAUAUAGUCUCGCUAUUGUUAUUUUACUGCUGCUCUUUAAUUACUUGUUACUUUUAUUUCUUAUCCCUAUUUUCAACGGUAUUGUUGGUUAGGGGCUUGCUACAGGUGUGUUUGUGAUAGAUAGUCGUAGACAUGGAGAAGCAGACUGUGGACUUUGCCAGGGACGCUUUUCUCACAGGGAGGUCCCAGCCCCUGAAGUUCAGAGUUCAACAGUUAAAGUCCCUUCAGAGGCUGAUCACAGAAAGACAAGGAGAGAUUGCCAUAGCACUCAAGCAGGACCUCAACAGGAGCCAGUAUGACACAGCCCUCUCCGAGCUGAUUGGCCUGGAGAAUGAGAUCAGCCUGGCAGUGGGGAAGCUGUCUCAGUGGGCUGCCCCUCGCCAUGUGGAGAAGAACAUCAUGACCUUAACAGACCAGGUGUACAUCCUGCCUGAACCCCUGGGAGUGGUGCUCAUCAUCGGGGCAUGGAACUACCCCUGGGCCCUCACUCUGCAGCCCCUGAUCGGGGCCAUUGCAGCUGGGAAUGCAGCAGUGGUGAAACCCUCUGAGUUGAGUGAGCACUCAGCCAGUCUCCUCAAAGCACUGCUCCCUCAAUAUCUGGACAAGGAGUUAUAUCCUGUGGUGACAGGUGGAGUUCCAGAGACCCAGGAGUUGCUGAGGCAGCGUUUUGACCACAUCUUCUACACUGGGAAUAGCACAGUGGGGAAAGUGGUGAUGGAGGCUGCAGCCAAACACCUGACCCCUGUCACCCUGGAGCUGGGGGGCAAGAGCCCCUGUUACAUCGACAAGGACUGUGACCUCAUCGUGGCCUGCCGCCGAAUCACAUGGGGAAAGUUUUUCAACGUUGGGCAGACGUGCAUUGCCCCUGACUACAUCCUGUGUGAGCCCAGCAUUCAGAACAAAGUGGUGGAGGGCAUCCGGAAUACACUACAGGAGUUCUACGGCCCGGACCCCAAAUCUUCCCCAGACUACGGUCGCAUCAUCAACCUGCGCCACUUUAGUCGAGUGAUGGGUCUGCUGGAGGGAUGCAGUGUGACACUAGGGGGAGAGAGCGACCCAUCACAGUGUUAUAUUGCUCCCACCGUGGUAACGGACGUGUCUCCUCACACCAGACUUAUGCAGGAGGAGAUCUUCGGACCUCUGUUGCCCAUAGUGACUGUUGGUGAUGUGGGUGAUGCAAUUCGCUUCAUCAACGGGAAAGAGAAGCCCUUAGCGCUGUAUGUUUUUUCCUCUGACAAGAAGGUGAUAAAGCGAAUGAUUGCCGAGACCAGCAGCGGCGGGGUGGUAGUCAAUGAUGUCAUAAUGCACUACGUGCUCAACUCCCUUCCCUUUGGCGGCGUAGGUCAAAGUGGAAUGGGCAGGUACCACGGGAAACACACCUUCGACCAGCUCAGCCACCACCGGGCGUGCCUGAUCAAGUCCUUGGGCAUGGAAUGCAUUAACAUGGCCAGGUACCCACCCCAGGACCGCUCACGGGCACGCAGGGCCAGACAGGCCAUGAGGAGCUCCCUGUGUGACCAAUCCAAAUCCACCUUCGUGUGGGCAGUUUUGGCCACCAUCUUAGCCUGUGGUCUCCUUGUCGCCCUGAUUGUAAUUGUAGUCAUGGGUGCCAGGUAGCCCAGGUUCUCACUACUGCAACUCAUCAACUGGAAAUUGUUUUUUGCAUCAAAUGCACUUCUUGAAGUUGCUAUAUUGUAAUGUAUCAUCAUCAAUGCAUUAUGUCAAUAAUUCUGUAAUCUUACUAUGAGAGGGUUUACUAUCUAUAUAUCAACCAUGAUCAUCUAUUUUAUGAGCUGAUGUUUCCUUUUCUGUGGUUAAAAAGUAAACAAAACAAACCCCUCAGGAGCCAGAGAUGAAAAACAAAUCUUUACUGUCCAUUACUUCAUUAGCACAGAUUUACAAAAAUAUGUUAAAUUAUAUGCACAUGCCAUGGAUACACACAAUAUUUGAAAUGUUGUUUUGAAAAGAAACAAAAAAACUUUUCAGUAACGUUAUUGCUUUGUACCUUUUGUCGUUAAUGAUAACAUAAAUAACUUCAAUACUA